AGUAGGUCAGUUGUUUUAACUCAACGUACAUAUCGUCGAAAAUAUCGCGGCAAAAAGGCACCGACUGAGCGUCUUUAAAUAUCCAAUUUUGUUAAGCGUCUUUUAAUAUCCAAUUUUGUUAAGCACGGGACAAUGGGAAAUCCUCCUAAACUGAUGAAAGCGCAGAAACGCACACCGAAACGACGCUCGUUCAUAGAACGGGCACAGCGGGAAAGCGAAGAGCUGGUACGAACGAUGGGCGGCAGCUUGGAGCUAGAGGGUGGACGUCGCACGCGAUCCAGUACUCGCGGCACACCGACACGGGCCGCUGAGACUGUUACACCGCCGCCCAACAAGAAGGCACGCGCGUCGCUGACGACAGCCACAAAGAUCGGUGGCGGCGGCGGCGCCGGGAAAGGUCGCGGUGCGCGCAAACUAGACGUGGGCAGCGAUGAGCUCGACCGGGAGCCGGAGAAAACCAACGAUGAAGAGAAGGUGGUUCUGCCGGUCAAGGCAAAGGCUACUCCCAAGAAAGAUAAGAAGGAGGUGAAGAGAGAAGAGAAGCCAGUCAAAGGUACUCCUAAGAAGGCAGUUCCAGCCACCACCACAGAGCCCCAAAAGGAGGAGGAGCCUGCUGACGCAAAAGAAACAGAUGCCAAGACAAUCGAAAAUGAGGAUCAGACAGAUGGUGCUGCUGCCAAGCUGACAGCUGUGCCCGAGGAGCAACAGAACCACGCUGCGGAGGACAAAGCAAGCAAAGAUGAGCCCGAGGUGAAGGAGAAAACGCCAGAAGAAGUGCCAAAGGCUGAAGACCCACCGAAAAGUAACGAUGACCCUGAAAAUGGUGCUAGUACAGACACUCCUGCCCCAGCUGCUGCCGCGGAUCCAGCUCCAGCAGCCAUGGAAGUGGAUGAAGAGAAGCCAUCAGCAGCAUCGGCAGACAAUAAAACUAAAGCCGAAAGCGCACCCGAAACUACUUCAGAGCCGCCUGCAACUACCGCAGCUGAUAAGGCAGCGGAGGAGCCAAAAAAGCUUUCGGAACCCGCCCGGGAGCCCUCACCGGAGCCCAUGGAGGUGGAUUCGAGUUCCAAGAGUAGUACAGAAACUGUUCGAUUCACACCAGCCGAAAAGGUCGUAGCAAGCUCAGAAGAAACAAAAGCCAGCAAUAGUGUUGUCGAUGAAGUCGCCACUGAGGUUAAAGAGGAUGUGCCAGCCGAGCCCAAGGAGGAAGAGAAGGCAGAAUGUUCAGACGAGCUCAAAAGCACGGAAGAGCCGAAACCAGCUGAGAGCGCCGAAGAACCCAAGAAAGCCGAACAGACAACGGGGGAGAAAGCCACUCCAGCUGCGUCGGUUCCUGCUCCUGUCCCUGCCACCAACGAUGUUAGCAAGACGGAACCGGCUGCGGCCGUUGAUACCACCGUCGUGUCAGAGACGCCCAUUAAGCAGGCACAGGCCAUCAGUGCAGUCAACAAAUCCGAGCUUAAUGGUGAAACAAAAAUCGUUAACAAUUCCGUCGACGUCGAUGCAGCGCCGAAGGUGUGCAAUUAGGGCGAUCGGAUGAUGGAAAUCCAAUUACUAAUCAGUGCGUUGCAGCAUCUUCCAUCUUCAGCUGGGCCGUCGACUCAGGCAAAGAUGUCGCCAACUACAAGCAAUCAUUUAAGAGUUAACAACACACCCACAGAUACACAGAUUCCAUUCUCUCCACACAACUGAAAACUUAAUUCGUUCUGCACCCGACAAAAUUAAAAUGAUAUCAAUAGGUUCGUGUCUUCCAGUUUUUGGUUGAUUAAUGAUAAGGAGCGCCAUAAGAUGCAAUCGAUGCUGGAUUUUCAAUGUUGCACUGUGUGCGCCACAGAUAGACAGACCACCUAAACCACCGCUCUGCCCCGACACUCUCUUCCCUUUCCCCGCACCUGCACACAC